GCGCUCGUCUCGCUGGCCGCGCUGGGCGGGCCUGGCGGAGCCAUGGCGGCCGUGCGGGGCCUGCGGAUCUCGGUGAAGGCGGACGCCACCGCCACCACGGCGGAGCCGCGCGGCGCCGAGCCCGAGCCCAUGGAGGUGGAGGAGGGCGAGCUGGAGACCAUCCCUGUGAGGCGUUCGCUGCGGGAGCUCAUCCCGGACACCAGUCGGAGAUAUGAAAACAAAGCWGGAAGUUUCAUUACUGGAAUAGAUGUAACUUCCAAGGAAGCAAUUGAGAAGAAGGAACAAAGAGCCAAACGCUUUCAUUUUCGGGCYGAGGUGAAUCUCGCCCAGAGGAAUGUGGCCCUGGAUCGGGAYAUGAUGAAGAAAGCAAUUCCUAAAGUGAGACUGGACACCAUUUACAUUUGUGGAGUGGAUGAGAUGAGUACCCAGGAUAUCUUUGCCUAUUUCAAAGAGUAUCCUCCUGCUCACAUCGAGUGGCUGGAUGACACCUCAUGUAACGUGGUCUGGCUCGAUGAAGUGACAGCAACACGGGCUCUAAUAAAUAUGAGUUCCCUGCCUGAUCAGGAGAAAACAAAGAGCAGAGAAAACCAUGAAGAGAAGACAGCUGAAAAAACCAAGAAAGAAAAACAGGAGGAAAGCUCUGAUGAUGAAACAGAAGAAGGAGAGGUUGAGGAUGACAAUCCCAGUGAUGUGGAGUUGGAUGCCCUCUCCCAAGUAGAAGAGGAUUCUCUCCUGCGUAAUGACCUCCGUCCUGCCAAUAAACUGGCUAAAGGAAACAAGCUAUUCAUGAGAUUUGCUACUAAAGAUGACAAAAAGGAGCUGGGAGCUGCAAGGAGAAGCCAGUAUUACAUGAAAUAUGGCAAUCCMAAUUAUGGAGGCAUGAAGGGAAUUCUCAGCAAUUCUUGGAAAAGAAGGUACCACUCCCGUCGAAUCCAUCGGGAUGUGAUCAAGAAGAGGACACUGAUUGGGGAUGACGUUGGUUUGACUCCUCCCUAUAAACAUCGGCACUCAGGCUUGGUAAAUGUUCCUGAAGAGCCCAUUGAGGAGGAAGAGGAGGAGGAGGAAGAUCAGGACAUGGAUGAAGAUGACAGAGUGGUGGUGGAGUACCGGGAUGAGCUGCAGGCUUUCAAGCAGUCCCGGGAGCGCAGCGCCGCCCGGAGAUCCAGUGCCAGCACCUCCGACUCCGACGAGAUGGACUAUGACCUGGAGCUGAAAAUGAUAUCCACCCCCUCGCCCAAGAAAAGCAUGAAGAUGACCAUGUAUGCAGAUGAGGUGGAGUCCCAGCUGAAAAAUAUUAGGAAUUCCAUGCGAGCAGAUAGCAUAGCCACCAGCAACAUCAAAAACAGAAUUGGCAGCAAAGGAUCCUUGGAGAAAGUUGCAGAUGUGAGGCUCCUGCUAGAAGAGAAACGUCAGAAUAACUCUGGGCCACGGCAGCCAAACAGCACUGUAAAAUCAGAUGUAAGGCAAAGACUGGGAAAAAGGCCCCAUUCUCCAGAAAUUAAACCUCCAAGCAGUACCUGUGCUCCUCGUCGAGARCCAAUCUCAGAUGUGCACAGCAGGCUGGGAAUCCCCAAACAAGAUGUAAAAGGCCUCUACUCUGACACCAGAGAGAAGAAAYCAGGUAAUUUAUGGACCAGGUUGGGGUCUGCUCCGAAGACACAGGAGAAGACUCCAGAGAAACCUGAAAACUCUGUGGCAUCUCCAGAGGAAGAUGACUCAGAGCUCCAGAGGGUUUGGGGUGCUCUCAUUAAGGAAAAAGAACAGUCCAGGCAAAAAAAGAGUCGCUUGGAUCAUUUACCCUCCCUACAAAUCGAGAUCAGCCGGGAAAGCAGCUCCGGCUCGGACUCUGAAUCAUGACUGGUUUCACAGCCUGAUCCUCGAGGUUGUGACUCUGCAGCGUGGCAGGAUUCCCUUUGCCCCAAAGCUGGACACUGGCAAAGACUCUGCAGUGAAGGUUCCAGAAGUGUCUYUGUUCCUUUUCUACAAAAAGAGAGGCAUAAACCACUUGAAACCUAAAGCAAUGACCUUUGUCUGGAGUCUGUGGCUGGCCCUGUGCUGGGUAGGGCAUUGUCAUCCGUGUUUAUUACAGCAAACCUGUAGUGAAUUGUAGCAAAACAUUCCCCACUCCCCAAGCUUUGAACUUAAAAGAUGAGRCAGAAAUGCUCUGUAUUUUUAAGGAGACCUUUUCUGUUCUUAAUGUUUUCAUCAUGGAGGCUUUUAACAAAAUGUUUUACACACUUCAUCCAAAGAACGGGGCAUUUUGUGAAGCAAGAUCAUUGCCUUGCCCUUCUGGCUCUUACCAGCACCUUCCCUUUCCUCUUGAAGUAAUAACAAUAAAGCUUCCUGGGUGGGCAGCCAGCAAGGAUAAAGCAUGAAGGGAUUGAUCAUCCCGCUCCCUUCCUCCAACACACUGAAUGUAAAUCCAAGUUACACCUUUUAGCACAGUUAAACUCCAUAUAGUUAUCCCAGUGGCACCACCAGAAUCCAAGGAAUCCUCAUUUAUUUUGGUGAUGCUGCCUUCUGCUGUAGCAGGGAUUGAGAUGUUCAGGAACACAAAGUUGGAUGUUUGAGAAUUGUGUAAACCCCUGAGGGUCUGGGGGUUUGUUGCUGUUAUUCCAUGAAGAGAGAUUCUGUUCCUUCCACCUGGAUUAUGUUCUGAAGCAAUCCAACAGCUGGAAAGCAUUUUUCUAUUUGUGAGAAUCUUCCUUUGGCCACGGUGAAACCUCUUAGCAUUGUUCUCCUCUGUGCUGUUUAUCUAUCUAUAAUCGAAAGAGAAAAGGCAAACUUUAGGAUCACUGUUUCCUAUCGAGAUUUUUGAAUGUUCUUCCUGUAUAGUACACAUGGAUGUGGGCAUGGGUGACUUGUUACAUUCAGCUUUUUUACCUGCACAUUUUCACCCCUCCCUAGGUAGGAAAAGGGUUUGAUCAGUGUGCAGCUGCUCUUUUUUUUCACRUUGCCUGUGGCAUUUCUUUUGGUUGCCAGUAAUUCUGAGCGAGGAAUAAUGCAGCACACCACAUUCAGGUAAACAACAGGUAGCAAAAACAUUUUAACAGUCUGAAAUUCAUUUGUGUUSUCCCUUUGUCCUGUCAGUCCAAAAUGUCUAUGAACCUCUCUUCCUGUUUCUGCUUUUUAACAACCAAAUGUUCCCUUUUUUUUCCCCCCGAUUUUUUUUCCUUUUUUCCCGUUUUUUCCCCACUUUCUUUUCCCAUUUUUUCCCUUUUUUUUGUCCCUCCCCCCCCCAUUUUUGUUAUUUUAUACUAAGUUGAAGUAGGUUUGAGGUUUCAGCAAGGAAUCUGCAAUUAACUUUUCUUACUGCUUGAUGAUGUGUGAGAAUAGCAGCGUGUCACAUGAAAGGUCAAAUGACAGGCACAGUGACUGGAGUGGCAAUCUGGGRGCUGACCAGGUUUCAAGCCUUACUAUUUCCUCCUUUUGUCACGCUCAUCCUUGAUUUUAUAUUUAAUUCUUGAAUAUAGAACUGUCUCAUAAAAGUACUGUUGAGAGAAACAACUGCAAUGUCUGAUCACUGUAAUAACUCGUUUGAAACGUGUGCUUUCAUUAACAUCCCCUCCCYGAGCUUUCCCAGAGGAUCACACCCAUCUCUCCAGAUCCUGAUAAAAUUUAUUUAACCGGUGUCUUUUUGCCAGUAAAUCUUGGUGUUGUGUUACUGCUUUGAAUCCAUUGUGACCUUUCCUUUUCCUGACAGGAUGGAGGAGUCAAUCCCCUGUUCAUGAAGGUUCCUGGGUUAUUGGGAACCCUUGCACCGUGUUUCUAUGUCAAUAUUCCUAAUUUGAGCCURGUGAAGGGAAUGGGAACAGAGGAUCUCUUUAACUGAUCCAAAAAAUCAGAGUUAAUGAAUGUGUGAAAUCAAGCACAAGGUCUGUGCUGCAGGAAAAGGCAUCUCGAACUCUGGUCCUUACCUUCCAGGUGGUCAUAAAUAAAUCCUAAAAAUACCUCCACACUGGUCAGGACUGUGGGGUUUAUGGUUUUGGGGAAGGUUAUGGGUGUUACUAAGCCCCACAUUAUCUUAGCUGUAAGAAAAAAUAGAGAUUUCUUGUUGAAGGGACAUGUAGGGGAGGGUUUUGUAAUUGAAUGGUUUUGCUUUUUCRUGAUGUACAGAGCAGCCUUGAAAGGUGCUGAUGUCAGGAAUCCUUUUCAUCUUUGGCCUUUAGUUGCCUGAACAAGAACUGCUGGGUUUUGGUAAUUAAAAAAUGAGCACUGAGUUUUAAGUGAAUGUUUUUUUCUCAAUAUUUUAACUUUAAUUUAUUUGAUCGAGAGAGAUUUUGUUCCAAGUGCCCUUCUCUCUGUG